CAAUAUAUACCUAUAUAAAUAUGUGCUAUUUCUUUGCUGCUCCGCCAAGCUUCAAAUGCCGCGCCAGUUGUGACCUGUCAUACUGAGGACACGCGUGGAUUAAGGAUUCCUCGGUGUCAACUAUGAAGGAUGUAAUAUGUGUGUGACUUAAGACAAAGGCAGAGGUGAUUACUGGAAAUUCGAGGAGUAAUCAAUAAGUGAUUGUGACAUGUCAUCAACUUCAAAAGGAAUGGAGAUGGAAACAGAAUUUCCUGAUGAGCCUGCAGCUGCUGGCUUCAGGCUCUAUAAGCUUGAAACCUCUGAGGGGAAGCAGUGUAGCCUCCUCCAAGCCCCAACUGUCCUGGAAGGCCUGGGCUCAAAUCCUAGUGAUACCUUCAAUAUCCUGAUGGCUGAUGUGUCUUCAUCCAUGUGCUCUUUCUGGUCACAUGUGGUAGAAGGAUGGACUACCUACAUUGAAAAUAAACUCUCUGGUGUAACCAAGCUUUUUGUGUUCAACCAAACUGUCACAUUCCUCCGUGACGGCACCACUCUCUUAAGUGAAGACAACCAAGGAGGCUGUACAAACAUAACAAAGGCACUGAGAACAGUAAAGGAUGAAGUGGAGAAAUGCACGCAGAGUUUUAUCCAAGUUUUCAUCAUCACAGAUGGUGGCCAUUCAUCAGGCUCCCCACUACCAGAAGAUGUGAUCCAGGAGAUGAGGUCUCCACCGGGAAAGACAGUGAAUGUCUAUCUCUUGGGAAUCUCGAGCAGUUUUCCUGUCAACUACAGCAUUGAUAUCCGUUCACGGCUCCACAGUGGAAGUGCUAACCUGCCACCUCUCUACUGGGCAAAGCAUUCAGAGGAGAUUGUAGAACAGAUGGCAGAAAUUGGCUCUGACAUGGGCAGUCAUGUCAAGAUGGUGCUCAACCAGGAGGGUUUCAAACUGCCAGGGUUACCAGGUACCCAACUAAUCCACCGUGGUGAGUGGCUGUAUAUACCUAAGGCACCAGAGGAAUUGGUGGGUUUGAAAGUGAGUAUAAAUGAUGAAGAGGAGAGGAAAAUUCCAAUAGCAACACUGGAGACCACCAUUUACACCCUGCUGGACCAUGUAUUUCCUCAGUGGAACUCUGUACUUAUCCAGCAGCACCGGAAAAAAGAACAGGUCCCGAAGGAGGUCUUUGGUCUGAUGGACUCAUUGUUUAAGAUGAAUAUGGAGAAAGUACAGAAGGCAUCUAGUGAUCUCCACACUACUAUUAAAGAGCGGCUGAUGAACAAAGAGGAGAGGACAUUAGAGAUGAGGUAUAAAACCAUGAUGAACAUGAGUCGUACUGUCAUUGAGGUGGAGGGUAAGUACAUGGAUGAGAUAGAGCUGGCCAACAAUAUCCUGAAGAGUACUGUCUCAGGCGGCAAAUAUGACACAAAAGUCCUCAAGAUACGUGGACGUGGGCUGGAUGAUUAUGAUAAAGACAAGGAAGAGUUCUUCAAUAUAUAUAAGAAGCAAGAGGAGCUUAUUAGAGCCCUGCCACAGCCUCAACCAGAGGAUUGCUGUCGCAUCACAAUGUCUUCAACUCUGUCAGAUCUCCAAGACCAAGAUUUCCCUCUUUUGAAGGAUGAAGAUAAGUUUACAAUGAUGAAGACCUUCACCAUGUCAGGAAUUCCAGCCUAUGCACCAAUCCGUGAUGCUACAAAGAUAAAUUCAUGGACACUCAGCAUUCGUCAAAUUCUGGUAACUCCCUUCACUGUCCUCAGUCAGCGUGCCAUUGAGGCCUUUGCAGAGAUGGAGGGAGCAGACAAGCUUGGCAGUGCUAACAAAGAUGUGAAGCUGAAAGCAGAUGAUGACACUUCACGAUUCAAUAUUGUCAUCCCGAUCGUACCUGCUUAUGCGGCUGCUGCCCUCAAGCCUCUUGUGCGGUCAAACCUUUAUGCCAUGCUAACCACCUUUAGCAUCCUCAAGGACCCUCACAUAAUUGACUAUUCUGCCCAUCUUGCUGCCCUGGGCUGUGCCUGGGUGAAGUCAAUAGCAGAGCACCCUCCACCCAGUCGUCCAGGGUAUAUCACUGACCGUCUUGCUUCAAUUGUUGCCACCACUGAGCUCUACAUGGACCGUAAGAGCAUUACACACUACCUGGAGGUCCUUGGCAACACCCCAAACAAGGCCCUCAUGACAGAAGCCACUGAUCCCACCAACAAUCAAACUGUGAAGUGUGAGUCACUGGUCAAGCCACUUUUCCUCCUUGGCAUGAGGAAGGACAAGUUUACAACACCCCAACUGACUGCUAUCCUGGGGCUGCUCCUGGCUGAGUUUGUUGGCCGCUGUCUCAGCAAAUACAAGGAUGCUGAAGCAAAUGCUACACCCUUCAGCGACUUCUUUGCUGCUGAACUGAGUGAAUCUGCAAAGAGGGAGGAAUGGUUGACCAAGCAGAGCCAGUCCCUAAUUGAAGAAUUCAACUCAUCUUGUGGAGACCUGUUGAAGAAGUUUUAUGCACCUGAGACUGUGAAAAAAGCCUUUGAUAACUUUGUCAAGGGAAAGUCAGCAACACUGGGUGACCGUCUCAUCAACAACAUCACUCUGACUCUCAAUAUGGAGAAAGUGAAGCAUCUAAAAUACAUUGCGAGUUGUGGAGAUGUCACUUUCCACACCUUCAAGGCCUGGGCACAGGAAAUGGGUGUUCCUGAAGAGAACAUUCUUGCUGCAUAUGAUCCCUCACAGUUGACAGUGAAUGUGUGUGAGGCACUCAGCUUCCGCAGCUCUAAGGAGCGUCUGGACAGGAAGCAGAGGAGUUAUUCUGAGUGCAUGGAGCAUAUCAGAUCACAAGUCACUAAGGAGAAUGAAAAGGCUCUUUUGGAAAAUCUCAAAAUGAAGGAGAGUGAAGUUGUCGGUCAGUGGAAAACACAGUACAUGAAAGUGCAUGAGUCUCUUGUGCUGCCACUCACUCUUCAGCAAGUGGUGUCUCAGGCUCAAACACACAAAAUUGAUGUAACUGAGGAAACCUUCAGCCAGGUGUACAGGUAUGAUGCAAAGACUGGGCUGUUGCGUAAUGCCUGUCAGAUCCCUGGCUGCCCCUACUACCUGUUCCCUUCCUCAAAGUUCAACCAGCAUCUUGCAGUGGAACGAGCUGCGGGAAAAUUCCCUCAUUCAUUACACAAGGUGUCCAGGGAACUGAAUUCUGAAAGUGUGGACAAAGUGCUCGACUUGGUAAUAUCAGGAGAACACAGUGGUCAAAAUGGCAGAAAGAAGCAGGCCAUUUCUGAGACUCUCUCCUUACAAAAGUUGAAGUCAGAUAUUGAAGAGCUCUUGAAAGUGUACAGUGGUUUGUCAGCAUUGAACUAAAAAGGGUUGACAUCCAGGUGUUGUAUAGUUUGUAUAGUCACAAAACUGAAAACAGUCUCCUUUUCUUUAUCUGGAGAGAUUGAGGAGUUUCAUUCAUGUACAAAUUUAUAUGUGUAUUUACCUAGUUGUAGUUUUACAGGGCCUGAGCUUACGUUCAUGUGGUCCCGUCUCCAUAUCUGUGAACUUUAACUUAUUUUGUUUGCCGUAACAAGCAGAUUUAACAUGUCCUGAACCGGCACACCUUGUACACAAGUACAAAUCUGAGUCUUUCUACUUUGACUUCAUAUUUGUUGAACUUAGAUCAUUUACCCAGAGAAUGCCCUGUUGUGUCGUACAACUUACAAGUUGAUAUUUGAGCCUUAUUGAAUGAUGUAAAAAUUAAGUUUUUUAUUGCUUUGUUAUAGUUUGCAAAGAUGUCAGUUAAGGUUGGGUAAUUGUUAGACAACCUAUGUACUAACUCUCUCUUUAAAGCCACUGGUAGCCUGUUAAAAACUAUAUGACUGAUUAAGGAGUGUCCAGCUGUUUCUUCUGCUAGUAGGUCAACAUCAUGAGGCUUUAACUUGUAGAUAAGACCUCAUUUCAUUCAGAUAAACUUUAACUGAAGUAUAAUCAGAGUCAAAUUUGCCAGUAGGUGCUGCUUUUAAAAUGUUUUUGGAAGUUUUAUCUAUGAUGUAUAUACUUCACAUCCAGAAACUCUUGCUUAAGCAUUUGAAUGGCCAAAUGGUAGUUGGCAUCAGAGAUGGUUAGUGUUUGACCACUGAAAGAGUAUAAUCUCUUAAAUACCCAUAGAGGUAGUUUUGUUUAGCAGAUUAUUAUUUUUUUUCUGGAACCAAUAACAUUAAUAAAUUGUAUUAAAAAGGUAUAUAAG